GGGAGUGCGGGGACAAAACCACUGUUGGCAGUGCAGAAAAGACGAGAGAAGGCUGCUGGAGCCGUCCAGGAGAUUUUAUUGUUUUGCAUUUGAACUAACAAGGCUUUUCGGUAAAUAUAUAUCUUUCCAACUUCAGCUACAGUGAUAGCUAAGUUUGGAAAGGAGAAAGGGUAGCUUUGGCGUGCGUUUAUCGAAAAUUCUAUGCACAGAGGAUCGCCCGCAUCGAUAGCCUGUACAAAGGGAAAUAAAUAUUGACUUAAUUAUUUUGAGGAAAAUAUUACAAAUGGAUAACGCGGGACCUAAGAAACGUUGCUGUGAAUCAGUCCAAUCGUUCUUUACAUCACCAAAGUUCCUUAUUUACCUGGGACAUGCCCUCUCGACAUGGGGAGAUCGUAUGUGGAAUUUCGCUGUAGCUGUAUUUCUGGUGGGGCUGUAUGGCAACAGCCUCCUGCUCACGGCCGUGUACGGACUGGUGGUGGCAGGGUCAGUCCUGCUGCUUGGAGCCAUUAUCGGUGACUGGGUGGAUAAAAACCCCAGACUCAAAGUGGCCCAGACUUCACUGGUUGUCCAGAACUGUGCCGUCAUACUGUGUGGGAUCCUCUUGAUGGUGAUUUUCCAGUUCAAAGAACAGCUUGCAGAGUUAUAUAAUGGAUGGGUUCUGACAUGCUGCUAUAUCUUGGUCAUCUCCAUAGCCAAUAUUGCUAACUUGGCCAGUACUGCCAUGUCCAUUACCAUCCAGCGAGACUGGGUGGUGGUUGUGGCUGGACAGGACAGCAGCAAGCUGGCAGACAUGAAUGCCACAGUGCGGAUCAUCGACCAGCUAACAAACAUCCUGGCACCUAUGUUGGUGGGCCAGAUCAUGACUUUCUGCUCCAACUUAAUUGGCUGCGGCUUCAUCGUCGGCUGGAACUUGUGUUCUAUGUGCCUGGAGUACUGUCUGCUGUGGAAAGUCUACCAGAAAAUUCCAGCACUGGCCAUGAAGGCUGGCAAGAAAGAAGACUACCAGGAACUGAAACGACUGAACUCCCCGAAAGAGCUGGAGAACGGCCAUGGCCCAGUGGAAAGCUCCCAGCUCAUGAAUGAGACAGCUGUCGUCAAGGCCGACUCUCCCAAGAAGACUGGCUGCUGCUACCAGAUGGCGGAGCCCCUGCGCACCAUCCGUGACGGCUGGGUGGCCUACUACAACCAGUCCAUCUUCUUCGCUGGCAUGUCGCUGGCUUUCCUCUACAUGACAGUGCUGGGCUUUGACUGCAUUACCACAGGCUACGCCUACAUGCAGGGCCUCAACGGCUCUGUGCUCAGCCUGCUGAUGGGCGCCUCAGCUGUGUCGGGCAUCUGUGGCACGGUGGCCUUUACCUGGGUUCGAAAGAACUGUGGCCUGAUCCGCACAGGCUUCAUCUCGGGUGUGGUGCAGCUCUCCUGCCUAAUGCUGUGCGUGGCGUCAGUCUUCGCACCGGGUAGCCCCUUCGACCUCAGUGUCUCGCCCUUCCAGGACAUCUACAGCCACCUGACUGGGGAGAGCAGCGCCCUCCCGGAGGCCGCCCAUCCGGCUAGCGUGCCAACCAUUGAUGGUCAGGGUCUGCUGGUCAACGAUUCGACCGUGCCGCCCACCGAGGAACUGCCGCCUUUGCAGUCCUACCUGUCAGUCAGCUUGCUGUUUUCUGGGGUCAUUGCUGCUAGAAUUGGUCUAUGGUCCUUUGACUUAACCGUGACCCAGCUCAUCCAAGAGAAUGUGAUCGAGUCGGAGAGGGGAGUGAUCAACGGCGUCCAGAACUCCAUGAACUACCUCCUAGACCUUCUGCAUUUCAUCAUGGUGAUUCUGGCGCCCAACCCAGAGGCCUUCGGACUGCUCGUCAUCCUCUCCGUCUCCUUCGUGGCCAUGGGCCACAUAAUGUACUUCAGGUUUGCCUUCAAGAGCCUCGGGCGGCGCCUCUUCCUCUGCUGCUCGCCAGAGCAGCAGACUCAGGCCUUCCCGGACUCUCCCUCCUCGCUUCCCACCACGGUCUAAUCCAUUAAAGAGACUAUUUCCCUGCUUACAGCUCCGCCUGCAGUGCACACAAAUGCCCCCUCCUCCUCCAGCCCCCUAGCCAUCAACCUAAACAUGCUUGUAGCUCCCGCAGGGCUAAUGUAUUUACUUUUGCGACUUACCCUAGCAUGUGCUGUCCUUUGCCAUUGUAGAUAGCAUUUGCCGUUUGCCGAUGGAGGAGCGCAGUGCGGCCGUAGACAUAGAGGAGCCCCUCUCAGACAAACAACCCAGAACGUUUGAGGGCUUAAGUGUCACAAAUUAACCAUUACUUCUCCCUACUUCCCUCCUUCCAAUAUUGAAAUGUAGCUCUUGUCAUGCAAGACAUGCAUGCAUUCAGCUUAAAAGCUAAAUUAGGGUGGAAAAUUGCAGGUAUUGCUGCUUGCAGUUACUACGGUUACAGCAGCGUACUGCUCAAGUAUGUGCUGUGGCUCUAGUGCUGUUUGCAUCUCAUUACAGCUCCGCAUCAGCCGUGGGAUUCCUAUUUCCACUUUGAAGCCAUUUGUUUCUCAGUAGUUUAUUGGUGCUAUAAACAUUCAUGUUAGCAUUUCAGAAGCGUCAAUUACUUCAGCUUUAGAUUAUCGGUUUCACCAGUGAGAAACAGGUUCUUGCUUAUUUCUCUUUAAUACAUGGUUAUGCUAAUUAUUUAUUCAAGGUGUGCAGAUACUUAUGUUUAUCUAUAUACAGUGUACAAAACAUUAGGAACACCUGUUCCAUGACAGACUGACCAGGUGAAAGUUAUGAUCCUUAUUGGUGUCACCUCUUAAAUCCACUUCGAGGACAAGUUAAAGAAGGAUUUUAAGCCUUGAGAUAAUUGAGACAUGGAUUGUGUGUGUGCCAUGCAGAGGGUGAAUAG